CUUCUUCAGUGUUUCUGUGGCCGCACCUAUACGUAUGCGAUUGAUCUAGACGAACAUCGGAGAGCGCGAGGGCACUUUCCCUCACACGUCUGCACUAGUAGUUGCAGGCAUCCUCUAUUGGUUCAGUACGACUAUAUCACUCGCAAAUGUGGCUGUUGUGGCAAGCUCUGCGAGCGCCUAGACAUCCUUGAAGACCACCGCAUUACCACGGGGCACUGUUUCUGUUCGGAAUGCGACCUUCCCUUCGAAAGCCAGAGUGCUUGGAAAAGUCACUGCAAGGCAGAGCUCCAUGCUUCAGAGUACCGGUGUUGCAACUGUGACAUCUCCUUCAAAGAUAUCCAUGCCCUAAACGCACACAUGGCGAGCCGUGCGCAUCGAAAGCCUCUCCAGCAGAAGCCCUAUAGCACAUGCAAAAUAUGUCGGCGGAUGUUUCCGUCUCUCCAGUCUCUCCAACAGCAUUGUGAGUCGAUAAAGCACAAGCCAUUUAGCGCUCUAAGUUGCCCUGUAGGAGAUGGAUGCAAAGGAAAGUUCAGUGCGCCGUCGGCUCUGCUGCACCAUCUGGAAAGCGGAAAGUGCUGUUCAGGCAUGGAUCGAGAUGAUAUCUACGACAUGAUUCAACUGUACGACAAGGAUUGUACAAUCCAUACCCUCCCAACACCUACACCUUCGAGCGCUACCUACUUUUCGACGAAUUAUCUACCUCCGUAUCCCGGAAGGUCAAUUACGUCUCACGACAGUUCAGAUGGAUGGUCAUUGGUCACACCUAUACACUCUCAGGGUAGUCUAGAGGGGAGUUUGGUAGAUUGGUCGCCGCUUGAGGAUAGCCUUCUUUCGCUGGGAAGGAGAUACGUGGUCGACAAGAUCGGGUCUGAACUCCGUUGUCCACUUUGUCCAAAGAAGCGCAAAUCCUUUGGUACAAUGCAGGCUCUUCAACAGCAUAUGAUCUCUCCAGUACACUGCGACAAGGUUUACCUCUGUCCGAGUAACGUUCUUUCAUUUGGCCUCGGCAGGUCCGAAAUAAAGCAAGGAAGAAGAAAGCAAUUCACAACUCUUAGUGGAUUAGCUCAGCAUUUAGAAAGCGGGGCAUGUCAUGGUGGAAAGCAGACGUUCUUAUGUUGUAUUGAGUUUAUUCAACAGCAUCUGGAGGAAUGGGGAUUUGGAGAGAUGCGCCUUCUG